AACUGGAUUCGGAGGAAACCCGGAACCGACCCGACCCGAGUGGGAUCAACGGCAUUCGGAAGGGAGAGGAGGACUGAAAGGCUGACUAGCUCCAGGUAUGCUAACGGCUCCCUCUCUCCAUCUUUCUCAGUUAUAAGAUAUAACGAACACGGAAUCCGAAUCUCCUAAAAUCCCAAGAGAAUCUCGAUUUCUUCUUCAAGGGCUUUGGUAUUUGAUUUCUUGUUUUUUGGGUUUUCAUUUUUUGACUUACCUCCGUUUUUGUGGCUCUCGCUGAUGAGCAAUGAACGAGGAAGAUGAUAACAGAUUGAAGAAGAGGAAGAAGAAGAGACUGUUAGGCGCCGACAGGAGGAAGCGCCUCCUUCGCCUAAAAUGCUAUGUCCAAAACUAUGACUGGGGGGUUAUUGGGUGUAAUUCCCAAGUCGCGAGGCUGUUUUCGCUUAAUUCAGGUUCCGGCACUCCCGAUCCGAGGGAAUGUUACGCCGAGUUCUGGAUUGGAACGCAUAAAUCCGGCCCCUCAUUUGUUGUUUUUGGACGGGAUUAUAAUAAUGCCGCCGCUGCGCUUGGAUCCAACGCCGUGAGUCUCAAGGAUUGGAUCUCCGUCGAUCCGGGUGCUGUGCUGGGUGAUAAGGUUGCGAGGAAAUGGGGAGGCGAUCUUCCCUUUCUCUUCAAGGUGCUGUCUGUAGAGAAGGCUCUAUCCAUUCAGGCUCAUCCGGAUAAAGAGUUGGCGAGAGCUUUGCACGAAGCUCAACCAAGCAUCUAUGAAGAUGAUAAUCACAAGCCUGAAAUGGCUCUUGCAUUGACUGGGUUUGAAGCCCUUUGUGGGUUCAUCAGCUCUAAGGAGCUCAAAGGGGUGCUGAGUAGCGUUCCUGAGAUAGUAGAAUUGGUCCAAUGUGGAGAUACAGAGAAGUUCUCACACGAUAGUGGGCAAGAUGGGAAGGAGAAAGUAAAACAACUUUUUGAGUCCAUAUUUAGUCAGAUCAUGUCAUCUAACAAGGCCAUAGUUCGCGAGGCUAUAUGUAAAUUAAAAAGGCGUCUUAGUUUCGAGAAAAAGAAGAGACAAUUGUCAGCCAAAGAACAAUUGAUUCUCAGACUAGAAGGUCAAUAUCCAGCUGAUGUUGGUAUACUAGCAGCAUUUUUUCUCAACUAUGUGAAGUUAAAACCGGGUGAAGCGUUAUAUGUUGGUCCAAACGAACCCCAUGCGUAUAUAUCUGGGGAAUGCAUCGAGUGUAUGGCAACCUCUGACAACGUUGUCCGGGCUGGCCUUACCUCGAAGAAAAGAGACAUUCAAGCCCUUCUUUCAAUGCUCAACUACAAACAGGGUUUUCCUGAAAUUUUGCAAGGAGUUUCGUUGAACGAAUACACGAGAAAAUACGCCCCUCCCUUCGAUGAAUUCGAAGUUGAUCGCUGUAUUCUUCCUCAAGCUGCAUCUGUGUCUUUCCCUUCUGUCCCAGGACCAUCUCUCUUUCUGGUGAUAUCUGGAAAAGGAACAAUUAUCACAGGCUAUUCUGAAGAAAGUACAUUACAAGAGGGUGAAGUUCUGUUCGUUCCAGCAUACAUGGAGGUCAGUAUAACAUCUGGAGCUACAGAAUUACAUGUGUACAGAGCUGGCGUCAACAACAGAUUCUUUGGGGACUUGUGAUUUAUACAAGUACAAAUGAAUAAAUCAAGAAUAUACAGGAAGAAAACAGGUUAUAAGAAGAAUUGUUGCAUUGAUUGUUCAUUGUGAUCUGCUCAUUUUUAUUGAUUAAAUUGCAUCAAAGUUGUGCAUAUACAUUCGUUAGAAGUAUAAAUAGGGUAUUGAGUUAUAUUCAAGUUCUUCAUGAUUGCAGAUUGCUUCAUUUAUUUCUGUCCUGUCAGUUUAUCAGCUGUGUCAGUGGAUAUUCAAAGUUCUUUGUUUGGGAAUAUUAGAUCAAAGGCUCCCUUCCC